AUGCCACCCAGAAAGAAGGCGGCCGCAACCGCUGCACCUGCAGCAGCUCCUGCAAGUAAUGGCAGAGCGACUCGCUCUCGUGCUCGGACUGCUGCCACGCCAGCAGACAACAACGACAACGAUGCUGCAUCUGAUGCCCACAAUGACCCCGAACCCGCCAAGGCCAAACCUGCCCGUGGCAAGAAGCGGUCCACAGCCACUGACGGUGUUGAUUCGCAGCCUACACAAAAGAAGGCCAAGGCCUCUGCUGCACCUACACAGCCUGCCCCAUCUGAUGCAGAGCCUGCCGUAGACAAAUCCUCACCUCGUCUGGAACCAGAGGAAGUUGAGAAUGCUCAGAUUGCCAAACCUGGUAUCAAGAUUCCUCUUGAUGAAUUUGUCCCAUCCGAACUCCUUCAAUUCGAGGUCUAUAUUGAUGACGACGGAGUCAUUUAUGAUGCCUCUCUCAAUCAGACCAACGCAGGACAAAACAACAACAAAUUCUACCGCAUUCAGCUGCUACGCAGUGUUGCAGGCUCCUACAAGACGUGGACUCGUUGGGGCCGCGUGGGGGAUCGGGGCCAAAGCGGUGUUCUCGGCAAUGGGUCCUUGCCCGAUGCCUUGGAGAACUUCAACAAAAAGUUCAAGGACAAGUCUGGCCUGGCCUGGUCAGAUCGCACUGCCCCGCCAAAGCCCAAGAAAUACACAUUUGUCGAGCGCAGUUAUGCUGAGGAUUCAGACGACGACGAAGAGACGAAGACAAAGAGCGAGAAUGGCGUCGAGGCACCGGAGUCUAGGCUGGCUAAGCCCGUCCAGGAACUCAUGGAGCUGAUUUUUAAUCAGCAGUACUUUGCCAACGUCAUGUCAUCCAUGAACUAUGACGUGAAGAAGCUUCCCUUGGGCAAGCUGAGCAAGACGACGCUUACACGGGGUUAUCAAGCGCUCAAGGACCUGGCUGCCCUUCUCAAUGACCCAACACUGGCAACUAGCCAGUAUGAUACCACGUUUGCAAGUGCCACGGAACAUCUCUCUAAUUCUUACUUCUCUCUAAUUCCACACAUCUUUGGAAGACGAGCUCUACCCGUCAUCCGCGAUCAGGCAAUGCUGAAACAAGAAAUAGAACUUCUUGAAAGCCUGUCAGACAUGAAAGAUGCAGAUGCGAUCCUGAAGCAGGAUAAGACCGACAUUGAGAGAUUGAAUGUCCUCGAUCGACAAUUCCAGGGUUUGGGCAUGGAAGAAAUGUCGCCCUUGAAGCAUACUUCUGCUGAGUUCAGGGAACUGAAGAACUACCUGAUGGAGACCCGAGGCGCAACGCACAACGCGAAUUACCAGAUUGACCAGAUUUUCCGUAUUGAGCGGAGUGGAGAGAAGGACCGCUUUGCAGCCAGUCCGUUUGCGGGCCCCCCUCGAGACCGACGAUUGCUGUGGCAUGGAUCGUGCGCGACAAAUUUUGGUGGCAUCUUGUCUCAAGGUCUGCGAAUUGCACCUCCAGAGGCUCCGGCGACUGGAUACAUGUUUGGUAAGGGUAUUUACCUUGCUGAUAUGAGUUCCAAGUCGGCGAAUUACUGCCGUUCCUAUGUCACGAACGGACAUGCGCUCUUGCUUCUCUGCGAGGCCGAGCUUGGUGACCCAAUGCAGCAUCUCACGAAUGCUUCGUAUAACGCUGGCGAAGAUGCGGCAGCGAAGGGCAUGUCCUCGACUUGGGGACAGGGCACGACGGGCCCGAGUGCAUGGAAGGAUGCUGAAUGUGUCAAUCCGGAUCUCAAGGGCGUCAAGAUACCAGACGUGAGCGUCAAGCCGGGACAGACAGACGUCCCCAACGCCUACCUCUUAUACAAUGAGUACAUUGCCUACAAUGUAGCUCAGGUGCGACUCCGUUACUUGUUCCGGAUUCGCAUGUAG